UCCAUAAACACAUCAAAUUACACACAACCUUACAAACUUUACAUUUCUUUUCCUUUAAUCUAAAUUGCUGUUCUUGUUCUGUCUGUCAUGGGAGGUCAUAGCAGAAAGAAGUUCUCGCUCUUUAGCUUCUUUAAAGCAAGAAGAUCUUCUCAUCAUAGAGUUGAAGCUGAUGCAUCAUGGGACGAUGUCGUUUACACAAGAAAGGCAUGGGCCAGCGACGAGGACAAGCGUUAUUGGGUGGCUGAGCCAGGUAUUGACCGUAAAGCUUCUGCCUUCAUCGCCAAGUUCCAUGCCUCUCGUGUCUCUGAGUCCGAACGCCAAACUCUCCCUCCUUGUCAAUCUCAUCAUGACUAGUCAUCAUCAUCAUAAUAAUCACCAUUAUCAUGAUGAUGAUGAAUAAAAGAAGGCCUAGGGGAUGAUUUAGUUUGGUUUCUAUGUAUAUGUCUUUUCUUCUUUGUUUGUGUUAAUGAUUAUCCUUACGAUGAUUUGUUUAUAAAUGUCUUAUAUGUAGUUUAAAAUCAUUCUCUACAUUAGUAUCUUAAAUGAAUUCGACAGCUUAAA